AACAGUUUCAAGUGAAUGUUCUAUCUCAGGUCAAUAACUCUUGCUGGUGUUCGUCGACUUCUGGAAGAAGAUCUUGGUCUUGAGAAAAAUACUCUUGAUGCCUUUAAGAAAUUUAUUCAGAACCAAGUAGAUGAGGUGUUAACAUCUUCUGAAGCUCCUAAAUCCACCAAUAGUGGUAAGAAAAGCCCUGAAAAAAGAAGUAAAGCAGCAAAGAAGAGUGGUGAAAACGCUAAUUCAUUUAGCAGCCGAAGUAAAAAUGUAGCAGAGAAAGUAAAAUCAGGUAAGAGAUCUGCCGCAAAAGAAACGGCUGAGAAAUCUGAAGGACUGAAGAAACGAAAAAGUCCUAAUUCAGAGGAUAAUGUCCCUGCCAAAAAGCAGAAAGAAGUUUCUAAGAAGCUAUCAGAUGAAAGUAGUGAUGGAGACACAAGUAAGAGUGAUUCUGAAGAUGGUCAAUCUGGAUCAUCUGCUGAAAUUCCUGCCAAGAAGAAAGUUGUAAAGGGAGCACCAGCUACUGCUGGAUAUGGAAAACGUGUGGAGCAUCUGAAAUCAAUAAUUAAAGCUUGUGGGAUGAGUGUUGCUCCUUCUAUUUAUAAGAGAGCCAAGCAGGUGUCUGACGACAAGCGUGAGGGUUUCCUGAUAAAGGAGUUGGAAAAGAUACUUUCUGGAGAAGGGCUAUCAACGAAUCCCAGCGAGAAAGAAAUCAAAGAAGUCAAAAAGAGAAAGGAAAGAGCAAAGGAAUUGGAAGGCAUUGACCUAAGCAACAUUGUUUCAAAUACACGACGGAGAUCAACGACCAGCUUUGUUCCUCCUCCAAGACCCAAGUUACCUCCUAAAGAGGAUAAGAAUGACGACAAAAAGGAUGAUAGCAGCAAUGAUGAUGCAAGUGACGGUGACAAAGACGAUGAUGACGAUGAAGAUGAUGAUAGCAGUCAGAGUGAGGAGUUCAAUGAAGAUGAUAACGAGGACAGUGAAUGAAGCUUUCGUGGAUGAAGAUUAUAAGUUACAGACCAGUCAAUCAUCUUUCGAAUGUAUCAAUGGUUUCGGUUUCUCAUCUUAGAUUUGGGAGCUGAGAUUUAGUGUAUUUUAGAAGUAUAUUUAUAUGAGAUGUGAUAUUUAGUUGGUUCUGAAAUGUUAAAUUAGUGGUCAUGGAUCUUAGAAGCCUUAGUUGUUAGUUAUCGUGCGAUUUUGUAAAUGGAGCAUCUUUGCUUGUGCAUUGUGGGAGGUUUAAUCUUCGUGUUUGUGCUGGUA